AUGCCACCACCACCAUCGUCAUCAGUGCUAUCUACGCUAUCGGAUGAAGUGAGGUGGCUGGGGCUGAUAAUACCUACGGCGAUGCUCGGUGUGCUUACGCGUCUGGCGCUGGUGAGCUUGACGACGUACGCGUCGCCCACGCUCUCGCCGGAUGUGUAUCCGCAAGCUGUCGGCUGUUUCGUCAUCGGCGUGGCAAGCAGCCUGAAGCCGAGUCUGGAGUAUAUCCUCAAAGACUCGUCGAUGGCUAUCACGACAGGCUACAGUGGGUCAGUGACGACGUACGCGACAUUUAUGCUGGACGUGUUCAAGGGAUACACCUACAUAACGCCAUCGUACUACACUCCUCGCGGUGCAAAGGGCGCUGCGUUCGAUGUGCUCGGACAGCUGCUAUCCACUACGGCCGUCUCUAUUAGCUGUGUGCAAUUGGGAUUAGGUAUCGGUGGUACAAUUCAGGACUUUGUGGCUGUGAGGCUGAGGCUGCCAGAGAAGCCGCUACCGUUGCAAACACGCACCCACUCCCGCAACAUCACAGCACUCGUAGCCGCCGUUUUGCUCGGUGUGUCGUCCUACGCUAUCACUCUCCCACUCGCCCUCGCUCCAUCUACCUCAUCGCUGCGAUCGUGGGUAUAUGCGCUGCUGUUCGCGCCAGCAGGUGCACUCGUGCGGCAUAAACUUGCUCAGUUCCUCAACGGCCGUGGUGCACUACCUUAUGGCACUCUCGCUGCAAAUGUACUUGGCACACUGCUCACUUGUGUGGGAUACGGCCUCGUGCAUCUCGACGGCAGCAACGGUGGCGCGGUGCGCUGCCGCGUUCUGCACGCUACUAUGGACGGUCUCGGCGGUGCUAUGUCUACAGUUAGCACCCUCGCCAUGGAGCUCAACGGCAUGGGCGUCUCGCGCAGAGCUGCCGUCUACGCUGCUGUCUCUCUAGCCACCGCUCAGGCCGUCUGUAUCGUUGUAGUUGGCAGCAUAAAGUGGUCCGAAAGAGGCUUUGGUGUUGCCUGCUCUGUGUAG